UUGCUCGACUCGCGUCCGCCGCACGUCUGAAGGGCCGGCGAUGUUGAAAAGCUGCGGGAAGAAGCUGCUGCUCUCGCUGGUGGGCUCCAUGCUGACCUGCCUGCUGAUGCUGGUGGCCGACCAGCAGAAGCGGCAGGUGCUGAGCGUGGCGGGCGCCGGCGAGCGGGGGGGCGAGGCGCGGGGCUUCGGCGCCUACUUCAGCCACUUGAGCCGGAGCAAGCGGGAAGCGCGGCCGGGGGGAGGCGCCGAGGAAGGGGCCCCCCGGCGGCGGGUGGAGGAGAUCCGGCCCCAGGACGUCUUCCUCGCCGUCAAGACCACCAAGAAGUUCCACAAGGCCCGCCUGGAGCUCUUGCUCGACACCUGGAUCUCCCGCAACAAAGAGAUGACCUUCAUCUUCACAGAUGGGGAAGACGAAGAACUCAAGAAGAGAACCAGGAACGUCAUCAACACCAACUGUUCAUCCGCUCACAGCCGACAAGCUCUGUCCUGCAAGAUGGCGGUCGAAUACGACAAGUUCAUCGAAUCGGGGAGGAAGUGGUUUUGCCAUGUGGAUGACGAUAACUACGUGAACGUGCGGACACUGGUCAAGCUGCUCUCCAGUUACCCGCACACACAAGACAUCUACAUUGGGAAGCCAAGUCUGGACAAGCCCAUCGAGGCGAGCGAGAGGAUCAGUGAGAACAAGAUGCAUCCGGUCAGCUUCUGGUUCGCAACGGGCGGAGCCGGUUUCUGCAUUAGCCGAGGACUAGCGCUGAAGAUGAGUCCCUGGGCCAGUGGCGGUCACUUUAUGAGCACAGCGGAGAAGAUCCGCUUGCCGGACGACUGCACCAUCGGCUACAUCAUCGAGUUCGUGCUGGGGGUGAAACUCAUCCGGAGCAACCUCUUCCAUUCUCACCUGGAGAACCUCCAUCAGGUGCCGAAGUCGGAGAUUCAUAAUCAGGUGACCUUGAGUUACGGAAUGUUUGAAAACAAGAGGAACUUAAUCCACAUGAAAGGCGCUUUCUCUGUCGAGGAGGAUCCGUCCAGGUUCCGUUCCGUCCACUGCAUGCUGUAUCCCGACACCCCUUGGUGUCCCCUGAACGUCGCUUACUGAAAGACAAGACGUCAUCCCCACCUUUCUCAAAACUCGUCCCGAGUUCCCCCCGGUAUCCGAAGGGCUCGUGGGACCUGUGUGUGCGCAUGUUUGUGUGUGUGUGUGUGUGGGCGUGUUCCCUUUGCUGCAAAGCGAUUGGCUGUUAAUUACUGUGGUUAAUUCACAGUGUGCAUAUGUUUAUAGGCUGCCGUGCGGCCCCUUUCUGACCCCCCCUCGCCCGGCCGCCCUCUGGGCAAGCUGAGCUAGUGGAUAUUCUCGGUGCCCCUGCCCUUUCUGAUAGGGCAGGGGUUAGGUAGGUGGGAAGCAAUUGCGCUUCAUCCCAAGCAGUCUUUGGCAAGAGAUUCUGACUAGGGGUGCAGUGAUAUCCCCCUCCCCAACAACCAGCUUGGAUACUUC